AUGGCGAUGGCAUUUCCACAGUCACAGGAGAGGUUUAUGGACUUGCUGGAUCCUUUUGAGGAUGCGGAUGAAGAGGAGAUGGAUGAGGUCGGUGCUUUGCCCGGCUUCGGCAACACGCAGGAUGCGGGCAAGUUCUCGCGGCAGGAGUCCUCGCAUGGACCCCUGCACUGGAACACCCGAUGCAGCACAGAGCUUCAGAAAGUCAUCGACAACUUCUGCAUCGAAGAGCUGUACGAGUUAGGAUUCUCGGUGACUCUCGCAGAUCCGUCCAAGCCGGACUGCCCCCUCAUUGCCUGUAGCGCGGGCUUCACGGAGCUCACUGGCUACUCUGUACAGGAGAUCGUGGGGCGAAACUGCCGCUUCCUACUCAAUGGCGUGCCCUCCAAUCUCAUCGAUGAGGCCACCCGAGUGAAGUGUCGGGCGUUUUGUAUGUCCUCGUCAGUUGGUGAGGAGUACACAGGUGCCCCGGACAACUUGCCCGAUGGACUACAGAAGCCAUGGGUCGAACUGCCCAGGGGGGAGAUGAUCUGUGUGCAAACGAAUGCCCGGAAGUCCGGUGAAUUGUUCAGAAACAUGUUCUAUUUGAAGCAAGUGGAGCUGGACGAGACUCACUACAUCCUUGGUCUGCAGGCGGGACUGCCAGAGGAGUUCGACUUAGAUGUCGCCCUGGGCGACCUCGAGAAGAGGUGUCAGGUCGCCUUUUGCAAGCUCGAGGAGAACAUGACCCUCAUU